AUGAAAUUUGCAGUAAUUUUGGCUUUCUUCGUAGCUAUUGCAGCUGUUAGCGCUGCACCAGGAAGCGAAACAGAAGUAAUGGAAACGUUUGCUAAAGAAGCCCAAAAAGUAGCCGCAGGAAUGCCUGGAGGAAUGCCUGGAGGAAUGCCUGGAGGUAUGCCUGGAGGUAUGCCUGGAGGUAUGCCUGGAGGUAUGCCUGGAGGUAUGCCUGGAGGUAUGCCUGGAGGUAUGCCUGGAGGUAUGCCCGCAAUGCCAGCAGGUGGGCCAGAAGCUAUGAAAAAGAUGGCUGAAAUGGCUAAAGAAGCUGCUAAGAAAAUGGGCAAAGCCUAA